AUGGCGUCUAAAUUGGUUAGUUUUUACGACAAACGAAAGGUUUUACUUUUUAAAAGAUGUUGUAGUAUUGUAUCUCAGAAAUCACUUUCAUCUUCGUGCAGUGGGGAAUCAGUGGAAAAAGAAACACAUACUGGUCAAAAAUGGGAAGAAAGCGAUUACAGACUUGCAAGAUUCGUAAAUAAAUCUAAGCAAGUAAAUCCUAAUUGGGCUGUAAAAUUAAUAGCUGAAAUUCCACCAAUACCGGUUAAAGGAAGAGUGACAUCCUGUGAUGGAGGCAGUGGGCCAACUGGUCAUCCCAAAGUUUACAUUAAUCUGGACAAGCCAGGAUAUCAUUCAUGCCUGUAUUGUGGAUUAAGAUUUUAUAAAGAUUGUGAAUAA